AUGGCGGCUCCCACGCGCCUCCUCGAGUGGCUCUUCGCCCUCUACUUCCUCUCGCACAUCCCCAUCACGUUAAUGAUCGACCUGCAGCCGCUCCUGCCCGCGGCCGGCCUCUACCCGGAGAGCUUGACAGAGUUGUUACAGUGGUAUGCGGUCACCUUCAGAGAUCCAAUGAUGAUGCAGCCCCCCGAGUGGUUUAAGUCGUUCAUAUUUUGUGAAGCCUUCUUACAAUUGCCUUUCUUUCCCGUUGCAGCAUACGCCUUCUUAAAAGGUGGCUGCAGGUGGAUAAGGACUCCCGCAAUCAUCUACUCGAGCCACGUAGCUACAACCCUGCUGGCCAUCCUGGCCCACAUCCUGUUUCACGAUUUCUCGAAAUCUGAGCAUUCGGGUCCGCAGACACAACGUGAACGCCUCAUUCUCUUAUCUAUAUAUGCACCAUAUUUGCUGAUUCCUCUUCUGAUUCUCUUUACCAUGCUGUUCAGCCGCCAGUACAACCACGUGGAGAAAAGGAAAAAGAAAUGAGAUAGCUAUGGAGAUCGUUAGUGCAGCUCAAACGUCGUGCUCGCUCCUUAGCGCCUCUGCUGACCUGAUCCUUUGGGACCAACGUCUGUGUAAUCCCCUCAACCGCCCCAGCUCCCACCCACACAGCAGCCUCCUGCCAUAGCCCUUUGAACUGCCCGGAGCUCGUGCUUGAAUGGGGAACAGCUUUGGCACAAGCCUCUCGGCAAUUCCCUGUGCCAUCUCUGCACAUGCUGCUCGGGGCACCCAGCCCCGCUCGCACAGCUGCUCCUGUGCGGCACAUCGGGACCCAAAAACCUGCAUUUCUGAACACCUGAAGUUAACAUACUUUGACAAUAAGGCACGCUUCUCCCCAAAGGAAUUUGAAGAACUUUGAACAAACAUUUGCAAAAUACUCGCUUCUGAGGAAAUCACUUCUAGUAUGGAAUAACUAAACUAGAUUUUCAGUUAAACUGACUUAGCAAUAAUUAAAAAGAAUUUAAAAUGAUUGAUUAAUCCAUACAAUUAAUGUUGCAUUAGACUGUAAAGUUACAGUAAAUUAACGCUACAUAGUGCUAGAGGUUUGUUGUUGUUCUCAAUCGAAUCUGUAAGAAUCAACUUUGGAGAUUUGUGCAAAAUUUACAGAUCAAAAGCAUAGGCUUUUCAGGUCUGCACUGGUGUUUAAUUUAGUUUCUAAAGGUUUUGAAAGGCUGGUGUUUCCAUACUUAGUUGUGUAAAGACAAGAAUAAAAUGCAUCUAUAGGUACUUCCACAUAAGGCUUGAUUUUAGUAUCAGGUGUUAAGUGCUUGCAGUGUUGUAAAAUGUGGGCAUUCUCUUCUGAAAUGUCAUGUUCAUACUUACUGUUUAUAUCCGCCCCUUAUGUCGAAGUAGCCUUGGAAUGAAUAGUUUGUUUCAUCAGUUCCAGGUUCUACUCUUAAAAUACUCAGAAAAGCAUUCUAGUCUAUCACCAGCUACUUGGACUUUAUACUUCCUAUGUAAUUUAAUCUUAAUUCUGCUGUGUUUUCUACUUUUGUAAUUGAUUGUUACUCACAAAUCUGUCCUUGUCUUCUCUUUAACGGGAUAGCAAAAGAAAAUCUGAUCAAUAUAGAUAAAAAUUACU